AUGAGUGAACUGGUAGAAUGGCAAUUUAAGGACCAUGAUGGAUCAAUGGUGCUCUUUGACAUGUGCACCAACCUCACCCUUGAGGAGGCUUUCAAGACAAAACAAAAAACAAAGAUCAAGAUCAACAAUGAGGUCUACAACGCUGAUCCAGAGCGUCAAAAAGCAGUUUCAGCAAACAGGAAUAAUUAUAUGGAGCUCCAUCGAAAAGACCUGAAAGGUAACAGUGCUCUGCCUUUGCCUUCAUGCUGGGAGGACAUGAAGAGCAGCCUUGUGAAGUUGUUUGCUCUGGCUCCAGGAUCUAAGGAAUACAAUGAUGUGAAGAAAGAACUGACAAAGACGGGACUGAACCCAAACAUCAUCACUAUUGAACGUGUGCAAAAUCCGGCGCUGUGGCAGAACUAUCAGAUCCUGAAGAAACAAAUGGAGGCGAAGAAUAAACAUACCAACAAUGAACGGCUUCUGUUUCACAGCACUGGUGCCAACUCCAUCGAUCUCAUCAACAAACAAGGCUUCAACCGCAGCUAUGCAGGAGCACACGGUGCAAUGUACGGCAAUGGCUCUUACUUUGCUGUGAACCCUUGCUAUUCAGCACAAGGCUACGCCAAGCCUGAUGCCAAGGGGCAUAAACGCAUGUACCAGGCCAGAGUUCUAGUUGGAGACCACACACAAGGACAAGUUGGUAUGAUCACCCCACCCCCAAAAUCUGGGAGUACUUCAGACCUGUAUGACAGCGUCACUGAUAACCGCUCUACUCCAACCGUGUUUGUCAUCUUCAAUAAUUUACAGGCAUACCCAGAAUACCUUAUCACAUUUACAUGAGCUGCCAUGUUCCCACUGUGCAACACUUUUGAGACAGAUAUAGCUCUGUUAUAUUUGUUUUAAUUUAGUCUAAUUUAAAAUAAUAUCAAAUAUUGAACGUCUUUGAA